AUGCAAAAAAAUAAAUGUAAACCAAUUGAUAUUGGUCGCUCAAUCGUUUUCGAACAUUGUGAGGUUGUUCGAAGAAAUCGUGAAGAUGGAAAGAUUGCUGUGGGUGUCGUAGUAGCACCUUUCAUGGACACGUUUUCCCCUGGUGCGUUUGAAGCAGCUGAAACGGCUGAGGACCUAAUGCUCUUGUCAGAUAGACACGAUGUUCCUUUUUAUAUACUUAACGUUUGUCUUGAUAGACUGC